GGCACCACCCCUUUCACUGUGAUCCCGCCCCCCAGGCCGAGUGAUAGCCGGAAGGCCCCGCCCUGCCCGGUCGUUGACACCUCCUGUCGGCCUAAGGCGCCACGCCCCGGUCGCGCAUCCAGUCCGCUCUGCCUUAGCGCCACGGGCCUGGUUCUCCCGGCUCAGGCCGCCCCCUAGGACGCCGCGUGGGCGGCCGUAAGUUUGCCAAAGAUGAGAGUGACUUUAUCAACCCUGGAUACUUGUGAGAGCUCCUUCACACCUCUGGUGGUCAUAGAACUCGCCCAGGACGUUAAAGAAGAAACCAAAGAAUGGCUCAAAAACAGAAUCAUCGCCAAAAAGAAAGAUGGAGGUGCCCAGCUGUUGUUUAGACCGCUGCUAAAUAAAUAUGAGAAAGAAACUCUAGAAAACCAGAAUUUAUACCUUGUUGGUGCCUCAAAUGUCCGACUGUUACUGGGGGCAGAAGCAAUAGGCCUGGUGAAGGAAUGCACGGAUGCCGCCAUGCGGGCCUUCACCUACAGAACCCGCCACAACUUUAAAGGUUUCCAUGAUAACAAUGACAACUUCCUCACCAUGGCUGAGUGUCAGUUCAUUAUUAAACAUGAACUUGAAAAUCUUCGAGCUAGAGACGAGAAGAUGAUCCCCGGCUACCCGCAGGCCAGACUGUAUCCCGGGAAGUCACUGAUGAGGAGAUUGCUCACGUCUGGCAUCGUGACCCAGGUGUUUCCGCUGCAUGACACUGAGGCCCUGAAGAAGCUUGAGGACACCUGGUACACUCGGUUUGCUCUGAAGUAUCAGCCCAUAGACAGCAUUCGUGGCUACUUUGGGGAGACAAUUGCCCUGUACUUUGGGUUCCUGGAGUACUUCACCUUUGCCUUAAUCCCCAUGGCCAUCAUCGGACUGCCCUACUACCUGUUUGUGUGGGAAGACUACGACAAGUAUGUCAUCUUUGCUUCGUUCAACCUCAUCUGGUCCACAGUGAUCCUGGAGGUAUGGAAGCGUGGCUGUGCCAACAUGACCUAUCGCUGGGGGACACUGGUCAUGAAGAGGCAGUUUGAGGAGCCCCGGCCAGGGUUCCAUGGAGUCCUUGGCAUCAAUUCGGUCACGGGCAGGGAGGAGCCCCUCUACUCCAGCUACAAGAGACAGCUGCGCAUCUACCUGGUCUCUCUGCCCUUUGUGUGCCUCUGUCUGUAUUUCUCCCUCUAUGUCAUGAUGAUCUACUUUGACAUGGAGGACUGGGCCUUGAGGCUCCAUGAGGACAGUGGGUCUGAGUGGACCAGCCUCCUGCUCUAUGUGCCCAGCAUCAUUUAUGCCAUCGUGAUUGAGAUCAUGAACCGUCUCUAUCGAUAUGCUGCUGAGUUCCUAACAUCCUGGGAGAAUCACAGACUGGAAUCUGCCUACCAGAAUCAUCUUGUUCUGAAAGUGUUGGUGUUCAACUUUCUGAAUUGUUUCGCCUCGCUCUUCUACAUUGCCUUUGUCCUGAAGGACAUGAAGCUUUUACGCCAGAGCUUGGCCACACUCCUGAUCACCUCGCAAAUUCUGAACCAAGUCGUAGAAUCUCUUCUUCCUUACUGGCUCCAGCGGAAGUACUGUGCACGGGUGAAGAGGAAGGUGCAGGCAUUAAAGUCGGAUGUCGACACAACCUUGUAUGAGCAAGUCCUCCUGGAGAAGGAGAUGGGGACUUACCUGGGAACCUUUGAUGAUUACUUGGAGUUGUUCCUGCAAUUCGGCUAUGUGAGCCUUUUCUCUUGUGUUUACCCAUUAGCAGCUGCCUUUGCUGUGUUAAAUAACUUCACUGAAGUCAACUCAGAUGCCUUGAAAAUGUGCAGGGUCUUCAAACGACCAUUUUCAGAACCUUCCUCCAGUAUUGGCGUAUGGCAGUUGGCUUUUGAAACGAUGAGUGUUAUAUCUGUGGUCACUAACUGUGCUCUGAUCGGAAUGUCACCACAAGUGAAUGCAAUCUUUCCAGAUUCCAAAACAGACCUUGUUCUGAUUGUGGUGGCCGUGGAGCAUGCACUCUUGGCUUUGAAGUUCAUACUUGCGUUUGCCAUCCCUGAUAAACCACGGCAUAUCCAGCAGAAACUGGCCAGGUUGGAAUUUGAAUCUUUGGAGGCACUCAAGCAACAGCAAAUGAAGCUGGUGGCAGAAAGCCUGAAGGAGGAGUCACAGGAAGAUGGGCAGGAUUCUACCUGAGCCGCAGCACGCUGGCCGUCCUGUCCCCAGCCUGUGCUGAGGAACACCUGCAUCAUGCCUGCACAGGGAAGGACACCAGCCUGAACUUAGCCCGGAUGCUGGGCUGUGUGAAGUGGCUGCGAUGCAGCAGGCACACCAAGGUCUAGCUCUGUGGGAGAAGCGGCUGCAACUCUAUCCCUGGUGCCCUCUCACCUGGACCCUCCCAGGGCUGCACACACCCUCCAGCUGCCUCACUUUGCUCAGGAGCCUCGGCUGCCCUUGGCCUUUAUCCCUAAGGAGUCACCAGCUUUCCACCUGGCAUUCACAGUAGGUGCCAGUCACUUCCAACCCCAGGGGUCCCAUGAUGGGUGGUGGCUUAGCAUCUGUGCCCAUUAUACCCAUGACGGGAGUCAUGCUGAGGUGGCGGUGGUGAUCCGGAGUGGGGGCACCCCUGAACCUCCUUCUGGCUUCUGUAUGGUGGUGUGUUGACAGACACUCUGUAACUGAGCUAUUAAAGGCAGCCCUCUGCUCUGAA